AUGGCUUACAAAAUUCGGCAUACUUCUCGGAGGAUGAGACUUAUGAAUCUCCGCGUUCUGGCCUUCACAUUAAUAAUUUUUAUUUUUAUAAUUAGACUUCCUAGCGUUAUAACAGAAUCUGUAAACGCUAAAGAACCAGCCAGCACGAUAAGUACGAAAUCACAGGAGGAUCAGAUUGAAUAUUAUAAGAAUAAUCAAACGUCAGAACAUUGCCCAUAUAUUCAAGAGCUAAACAGACAAAAAAAGUCCAGAUUAAAUAUAGAGAACAAUUUUACAAAACAAAUCUUCGCUUUUCUAUUUCCUGGGAGUCCUCGUGUUAAUUCUAUCCUUGCCACAUUUUAUAUUUCAUCCAUACCAAAUUUUAUUCUUUACUUUGUCCCACCGGAUAUUAAACCGUCCUCAUUGAAUUCGCUUGUUAGUUUUGCAGUUGGCGGUCUUUUAGGUGAUGUGUUUCUUCACUUAUUGCCACAUUCAUUUUUAGGUGAAACCACUGAUGAUGAAGUCCAUUUUGUUCAGGUCGAAGAAAAAAAGAAUGUAGUUAUUGGUUUAGCUAUAUUCGUUGGUCUGACCACAUUUUAUGUCAUUGAUAAAUUGAUGCGUGUAAUAAAUGGUGGAGAGGGUGGUCACUCACAUGAUCACGAUAAUCAUAAUCACAAAGAUUUCGGAUCAAGCACAUCGCAUAAAUCAAGUAGUAAUGAUAUCUCAUCUUCAACGCUACGUCAACGAAAAUCUACUGUCGAUAAAACGAUGGAUGAAAAACCUGCGACUAAGACACCAUCUACCAGCAUUAAACUAUCAGCCUAUUUAAACUUAUUUGCUGAUUUUACACAUAAUGUUACAGAUGGACUUGCUAUGGCAGCAUCAUUUUAUACAUCACCCAGCAUAGGUGCAACGACAACAGUUGCAGUAUUUUUCCAUGAGAUUCCACAUGAAAUAGGUGAUUAUGCUAUUUUGAUACAGAGUGGUUUCACUAAACGACGAGCGAUGCUUUCACAAUUCAUAACGGCUAUUGGCGCAUUUCUUGGAACUUUUAUCGGAAUUAUGAUUGAAGAAAUUAGCCGUGGUGAACAUCACACAGCAGAAAUUUUAUCAUCAUCUGAUGAAGGUUUUGGGAUAUUGGGAACUGGUGUUGUUUUAGGUGAUUUGGUCAUUCCGUUUACUGCAGGUGGAUUUUUAUAUAUCGCAACUGUUGGUGUGAUCCCUGAAUUAUUAAAAGUUACUGGAAACUUUGUUAAGGAUCUUAAACAAGCUUGCAUUGAGCUUUUGGCAAUGCUUAUUGGUGUUGGAAUGAUGGCGGUUAUUGCAUGGAACGAAGGAUAG